AUGGGCAAGCCCAGGCAGAGGAAAGAGGACUCGCCACAUGUGAAGCAUUUGAAGCAGCUGGCCAAGAGUCAUCCGACUGGAUUAACCCCAAAUUUGCUGCGGCUGUUCGAUCCUCCGCCCCCGGUGGAGUACAAGGAGCCGAUCGAGAAGAAAGAAUUGCCUCCCUACACUGGCAUCGCGCAAUUCGUCAGCUGUUUUGAGAACCUAUCGAUCGAUGAUCAGGAAUCCCAGGCGAAAGUGGAGACCACCGCCGAAAGAAGGGCGAGAGUGAAUGCCGCUCGCUUGGAGAAGGGAAAGGAGAAAUUGGCCGAAGAGAUUCCAAAGUCUUUCCAGAGCUACGACACAACCGAGCACCGGCUACAGCGUGAAUUCGAACGUGUCUCUAAGAUUCUUUCCUUAGAUGCUUACAAGCACGCUGAUGGAACCAAGAUUGACAACCGCCGAAUUCUCGUAGACGUUGAGAGAGGCAGGACGGUCAAGGACUGGCUUCCAAAGAGACUCGGUGGUGGACUGGGAAACGCUCGAAGCUCGCAGCCGGAGGCCACUCCACAGCGAGGACGAUAUCGAGGUGAUUAUAGACGGAGGGAGGAAGAGGCUGCUAGAGAAAAGAGAAGGGGCGAGAAAAGAGGUCGUGGUUCCGAUAGUUAA